CCAGACCUGCAUCAACAACAGAUCCAUAAUGAAGUUUGUGGCUCUAGCUUUGGCCAUCAUUCUGGCCGCAGGUUGCCAAGCCAGAUCCCUGCAGGCUGAUGCUCCAACUCAGUAUGAACACAUUAGGGCUGCAGUCGUGACUUACCUCGGACAGGUUAAGGAGACUGCACAGAGAGCUAUCAACCAUCUUGAUGACAAGGAGUUCAAAGAAUACAAGGAUCGCCUCACUCAGUCCCUGGACGGCAUUGAGCACGCACUUCAGUCCGCCUCCACAAGCCUUGCCCCAGUCAGAGAGGGUGUCGGCCCCCAGAUUGUGGAAGUCAUUUCCCAAGUCCGCGAAAAGGUGAGCCAUGAUCUUGAGGAGCUGCGGAAGGAUCUGGAGCCCAAGCGUGAAGAGCUGCGCCAGGUAAUCAAGAAACACCUCGAUGAGUACCGUGAGAAGCUGGAGCCCCUGAUUAAGGAGUACUCCGAGAAGCACCAGAAGGAGAUGGAAGAACUCAGAGAAAAGAUGGAGCCCGUCAUGAUUGAACUGAAGCAGAAGAUCAAGACCAAUGUGGAGGAGACCAAGUCCAAGCUGACGCCCAUCGUGGAGACCAUUCGCAACAAGCUGACCGAACGCCUUGAGGAGCUGAAGGCCAAGUUUGGAGACCAUGUCCAGGAGUACAGGGAGCAGAUUGAGACCAUGAUCACCAACACACGUGGCCAAUACCAGUCUGGAGAGCUGCAGAAAAAGCUCACUCAUCUUUCAGAUGAGCUUAGGCCCCAGCUGACAAAAAUGAUGGAAACCGUCCAGAAGGCUUUCGCAGAAUAAACGUGACCUUCCUCCAACAUCUUGGCCUGUAAGGCGUUGACCACACAGGGUCUUAUAAGAACUCUGUAAACCUUUCCCCAUAGAUUUGCUCAUAUUCAAUUACAAUGCAAUUGCUUUUUUAUUUAGAACAUGAGCCAAUGGAAAAACUGGACUUAACACCAUUCUGUGCAUUUGAAUAUUCUCUUAACAAAGCACAUGCUUAAUGUACUAAUUACUUUUAUGUAACUUUCUGUAAUGACAGACUAAAUCCUUUGCUGUGCUUCAUUGUCACAAAACACAAUAAAAUAUCGGUUGAUAACUAAUUUCA